AUUUGUUCCUUUUUGUGUCGUCAAAAUUAAACCAAUAUAAAAAAUGGAUUACAACAAUACAAGAAAACGCCAAGCCAAUGAAACCGACCAAUCAGAUAGAGAAAAAAGACUAAAACGCAACGAAGAAGAACAAUGCUCAAUAUGCUUGGAGCAAAUGAACAAAUCGUACAUCGGUUCGCCUAAAAGUUGCGGACACUUUUUUUGUCUUAGCUGCUUAAAAAAAUGGUCUAAAAGGCAAAAUGCUUGUCCACUUUGUAGGACACCUUAUAGGCAAAUUCGUAUGCUGAAUCGACGGACUAAGAAGUUGAUUAGAAGGAUACCAGCUCCAAGAGUUGUCCGAGAAACGGAUGAUUCGGUAGAAAUAUUGUAUUAUUCUUCUUAUUGACU